GAAGUCAUCCAGCUGGACAGGUGAGCUACCUGUCGGCCCCAGUCCGUCAGAAGACAUGUGACGUUGCGCAUCCACAGAUUUGAGGAAACUGGCAAAUUGUGUCUCUCGCUCCAGGAAACAACUUUAUUAAUUCACCGGUCGAUUUUUCCGGAUCUUCAGAUAUGGAUAAAUUAAAAUCGGUUUUGAGUGGCGAAGAGGCGCGCAGAGAAGACAGAAAUAUUUUACAGACUGCCAAUGAAGCCUCGACUCUUGGCUGGGGAACACGUGUGAAGGGAUUCAUCGCCUGCUUUGUGGUGGGGGGCGCUUGCACUAUUUUGGGAGUGUGUAUGCUCUUCCUCCCCAGGAUUGGCCUCAUUCUCUUCAUCGUCUUUUACACCUUUGGGAACCUAUGUGCUCUGUGCAGCACCAUGUUUCUGAUGGGGCCACUGAAGCAGCUGAAAAGGAUGUGUGACAAAACAAGAGCGCUGGCCACCACAAUUAUGAUUACCUGUCUUGUGUUGACUCUCUGCGCAGCCUUCUGGUGGAAGAACUUUGGACUCGCUUUGUUAUUUUGCAUCUUACAAGUCUUAUCAUUUACCUGGUACAGCCUGUCAUACAUCCCGUUUGUCAGGGACGCAAUAAUGAAGAUAGUGUCUAUGUGCUUGAAAUGAGCCCUGUCUUUGUACCGAAGGUUCAAUCUGGAUGAAGUGUUGUUUUUUUUUGUUUUUUUUUUUGCUUUUUAGAAAGGGGCAAAUCUUUUAUUGAAGUUGCUGCAACAGUUGCUUCAGAGCUUCUGUGACUCUUCCUCAUGCUGCACAUCCUCUGUUGAUAAGUGAACAAGACACAUGUUUUAUCUCUGAAGAUGCUUAUUUUACUUUUUUAUGCUUCAUUGAUUUAAUCACUGACAGAUUUUUUUUGGUACGCAUUAAUUACCUCUUGUUUAUACCAAAUUUAUUGAGCGUUGACUUAUUUUGUAAUAUGUGUAAAUAUUUGUAAUAAAUGAAAGUGUUACUGGUUUUGUGAAUGACCACA